AUGAACCCGGAAGUUUUCCGUUUUUUAAAUCUCUGUUUUUUUUUUUUUUUAAACUCACGUGCCUGUGUUGUGUUGCUGCUCUCCAAAAAAGAGAUGGCACUGCCUGGCAUUGUAAAAGCCUUCCCAAAAGUGAAGAGACAGAGUGGAGAUGAACUUGAAGGGAAAGAAGGGCCUCCAGGCAAAAAGAAAAGCGAGGAUGCAGUAACAGGAAAUUUCUUUAAAGGAGUGUCAGUACACAUACUCCCAGCUGGUAUUGGGAAUGCCCGCUGUAAAAUAUUUGAGAAGCAGGUCUCCCAAAAUGGUGGACUGGUUGAGCCUACCUUCUGUCCCAGUGUCACUCAUGUCAUUCUGGAUGAUUCCAUGGACUUUGAUCGUGCCUUGCGCCUGCUGAAGGUGGAGAGACUUCCUUUGUCAGUGCAGCUGGUAAAGAGUUCCUGGCUUAGUCUGUGCAUUACAGAGAAGACAUUGCUCAGCACUUCAAACUACAGCCUCCCCAUACCUAGCAGUCAAGUGGAAAGCUUUGAAGGAGAAGCAAAAGAAGAUUCAUGUAGUGAAGUCCCAAGCUGCUCACUCUCAAAAGGAAUUCCACCACCGCCUGAAGCAAAAGAGGAUGAUGUAUUGCAACAAAUAUCAGGUGAGAGAGAGGAAGAUGAUGUCUCACAAAAUGAUCUUGAUGCCCUCAUCAAAGGGCUCAAUCCCAAGAGUGAGAUAUUGCCCUUGGAACAGAAACCCACUCUAGAGAAGUGGGUUUGUGCUCAGUCUUCUCUCUCUAAAACUGAAAAUUAUAACAAGCACAUCACAGACAAGCUGGAGCUCUUGGCCAAGGCUUACACACAUCAAGGGGAUAAGUGGAGAUCACUUAGUUACUCAAAAGCUGUCAGUGCACUUAAGAGCUACCACAAACCCAUUACUUCAUUUGAGGAGGCUUGUAAGAUCCAAGGUAUUGGGAAACGAAUGGCAGAAAAGAUCAUGGAAAUCAUGGAGAGUGGCCACCUUCGCAAGUUGGACUACAUAGGAGAGGAUGUUCCAGUACUAGAACUCUUCACCAAUAUCUGGGGUGCUGGUGCCAAGACUGCAAAGUUGUGGUAUCAACAGGGCUUUCGCACUUUGGAUGAUAUCCGCACUAAGGCUCAGCUGACCUCCCAGCAAAAAAUAGGACUGAAGCAUUAUGACGAUUUUCUAGACCGGAUGCCAAGAGAAGAAGCUGCUGCUAUUGAAAAAACAGUAAGGGAUGCUGCCCACUCCCUGAACCCAGGUCUGCUGGCCAUUGCAUGUGGCUCGUACCGUAGAGGGAAGGCAACCUGCGGAGAUGUGGAUGUUCUCAUUACACACCCAGAUGGAAAAUCCCACAGGAAUGUCUUCAGUAAAAUACUACUAAACCUGCAUCAGCAUGGCUUUCUGACAGAUGACCUCGUCAGCAACGAGGAGAAUGGAGAACAAAAGAAGUAUCUGGGUGUGUGCCGUCUACCGGGCCCCGGGCAGCGGCACCGGAGACUGGACAUCAUUGUAGUGCCAUACAAUGAGUUUGCCUGCGCGCUGCUGUACUUCACUGGAUCUGCCUAUUUCAACCGUUCCAUGAGGGCCCUGGCCAAAACCAAGAAAAUGAGCCUCUCGGAACACUCUCUCAACAAAGAUGUGAUGCGCCAGGGCAGCCUGAAGGUUUCUUCUGGAAUCCCACUUUCCACACCAACAGAGAACGAUGUCUUUACUUACCUUGGUAUACCCUACAGGGAGCCCCAUGAAAGGGACUGGUGAUGAACUGACUGAUAAGAUCCCAAAUGUGCUACCAGAAAAAUGGAGCAACUUACAUUUACAUUUACUUAUGUAGCAGAUGCUUUUCUCCAGAGCAACUUCCAGU